AAACGUGAAAAGCGAUCCAAUUCUCUUACCAAAAUAAAUAAGAAAGAAGAAAAGCGAUCCAAUUCGCUCAGCAACCCUAAUAAAAUGACUAAAACCCAUUCUAAACCCUAAGAAGUCACCUCAACGGAACUCCAAAUUCCACCUCCAUAACUCCAUUUCUUAAAGUUGUUGUCUUGUGGAUAUCAUCGUAUCUCCUUAACGUUUUUACGCAAAGAGAGAUGGUUUGGUUUCAGUGCGAGGACUGCGGUGAGAACUUGAAGAAGCCCAAGCUGCAAAAUCAUUUCAGAAUUUGCUCUGCAACAAAGUUAUCGUGCAUUGACUGUGGAGAAACAUUUGGGCAACAAAGCGUUCAAGGCCACACACAGUGCAUUACAGAAGCGGAGAAAUAUGGUCCAAAAGGCCAAGCAAAAACUUCAAAUGGUACACCAGCUAAGCCUAACAAUGAAUCGAAGCAAAAACCUGACAUUGAUAUAAAUGUUGGGUUAUCUUCACGGCCCCCGUGGUUUUGUAGUCUAUGCAACACCAAUGCUACGAGUAGGCAAACCUUACUACUGCAUGCAGAAGGAAAAAAGCAUAGAGCAAAAGCCCGGGCCUUCCAUGCUGCUAAGCAACAACCUAAAGGGACAGAAGAAUCUACGCCAAAUGUGAAGGAUUCAACUGUUAACCGCCCCAAUGAAGAAAUACUUGGCAAUAAAGAUGUAGAAGAAUCAAAAGGUCAAGAUCCACCAAAAGGUACUAUUCUUCUUGAGAACACAGAAGCAGAUAAUGUACCAUCAAAGAAAAAAAUAAAAUUGGAUGCAUCUUUAAAUGGAAGUACUAGAAGGAAUGAAAUCAAUGAAAAUUCAGUUGAGACAAGCAAUGGGGAAGUUAUUCAAGCAGAAAGAGCAGAAGCAGAAAAAGCAGAUGGUCAGAUUAAGAAAAGGAAACAUGUUAAUGUGCCCAAAGAGGAGGACAAAACUGAAUGUACAGAGGAGUCAAAUAAGAAAAUAAAGUGGAAGAAGCUGGUUACUUCAAUCUUGAAAUCGAGCCCUGAUGGAGUUCUGAAGAUGAAAAAAUUACAAAAGCUGGUUUUAAAGUCCCUCCAGGAGUCUGGCAUCACUGAAGAUGAAGAGCAAGUCAAGAACAUGGUCACGCAGAAGAUAAACUCAAGCUCCAGAUUCACACUUGAUAAUAAGCUUGUUCGCUUGGUGGACAGAAGCCGGGGCUGAUCUUGGUGGCGUUUGACACAAGCGUUCCAGUUUUGGCAAGGAAAGCAGUUUCAUUUUCACUCGUUAAGUCAAGAAUCAUUUUCGAUGUAUUUUCAUUUCUUGUUAUGUCUGGACUUUUGGGGAUCAGGUUGAACUUAUUUUUUAUUUUCCAGUCUUUUCUAAUGCUAGAAAAGUUUGUGGAAGAAAUUUUUGACCAGGUCCAGACUCAGACACGAUUAUAAUUUAUAUUCUUUUUGACAAGCACAUAAUUUAAUUUAAGACCAUGUUUGUUU